CGAAGCGCGACGCCGGCCAGUGACGCCCCACAUGAUGGCGCUUUAAAGUCUACUUACAGAAGGCAUUGUUUAAGCAAGCUGAGUGUCCCAGUUCCACACCCUGCAGGCAUUCGAGCUCCCGCGUCAACUGAGAUCCAUCCUGGGAGCGCAGAAGCGAAGUUACCCGAGGACGAAGAAGGAUUGCACACAGCAUUGACAGCUGACCAUCAUGGGGUCUGCCUUUGCGCUUCUUCCCUGCGCCAGUAUUGUGCCAUGUCUGUGCGGCAGUGCUACAUGUACAGUGUCCAGCUGUUGCCCAAGUUGCAGGAAUUCCACGGUGACCAGAAUGAUUUACGCUUCGAUCCUGCUGAUUGGGACCAUCGUGGCCUGCAUCAUGCUGUCGCCAGGGGUGGAUAAGCAACUUAAACGGAUACCAGGCUUCUGUGCAAAUGAGACAGGUUCUCUAGAUGCCCUUCAAGGUAAUGUUAACUGCGAAAUGCUUGUGGGAUAUAAGGCAGUCUACCGUGUCUGCUUUGGAAUGAGUCUGUGGUUCUUCGGAUUUUCCAUUCUCAUGAUUAACGUCAAGAACAGCAGAGAACCCCGCGCUGCAUUACACAAUGGAUUUUGGUUCUUUAAGAUUAUUGCCUUGGUGGGAAUUACACUUGGUGCCUUUUACAUUGAUGGGAAUUUUAAAUAUGCUUUUGUUCUGGGCUCUGCUGGAGCCUUCUUUUUUAUUCUGAUCCAGCUGGUCCUGCUGGUCGAUUUUGCCCACUCCUGGAAUGAGUCAUGGCUGGACAAAAUGGAGAAUGGCAACUCAAGGGGUUGGUAUGCAGCCUUGUUGGUGGUCACAAUCACAAACUACACCCUAUCAUUCGUUGCCAUUGUGCUGUUCUUCGUCUUCUAUACCAAGCCCGAUAUUUGCGCAAUUAACAAGUUCUUCAUCAGCUUCAACAUGCUGUUUUGCAUUGUCGCUUCAGUCACUUCUACUCUUCGUAAAGUACAGGAGUCUCAGCGUCGUUCUGGUCUUCUUCAGUCCUCCAUCAUCACCCUGUAUGUGACAUUUCUAACUUGGUCUGCCAUGAGCAAUGAGCCAGACGAAAAUUGUAACCCUAGCUUGCUGAGUAUUGUCCAACAGUUAGUAGGGCCAACAAUGGCUCCUCUUGAAAUCGAAAAUCAGACUGCUGUGGUGAUCAUUAGCACAGAGGAUCCCGUCCCCAAUACACCUUACCUGCAGUGGUGGGAUGGACAGAGCAUUGUUGGUCUGACUAUAUUUGUCCUGUGCAUCAUCUACUCGAGCAUUCGCUCAUCCAGCACAAGCCAGGUGAACAAACUGACCAUGGCUUCCAAAGACUCUGAAAUGCUUCCUGAGGACUGUAGUCUGGAAUUAGCGGAGGAAAGGAGUGGACCAAUGCGAGUGAAGGACAAUGAACAAGAUUUAGUCCAAUACAGCUAUUCCUUUUUUCAUUUCAUGCUUUUCCUGGCCUCACUUUACAUCAUGAUGACCCUCACACACUGGUACAGGACGGGCUCUUGUCCAAGGACAGGCUCUGGAUGUUUUUCUGUGGAAGACCACCAGAUUUGGGCAAUAAUAACCUUCACUUAUGUUUCCGUAAAAGGCAUCGUUGCACAUCCAGAUGCAGACUACACCAUAACCAGCAAGUGGCCAGCAGUGUGGGUGAAGAUCACCUCCAGCUGGCUGUGCUUGAGUUUAUACAUCUGGACCUUAGUGGCUCCCAUGAUUCUUACCAACAGAGACUUUAGCUGAUCUGGAGUAAAUUUUCCCUCACAUUUUCAUGUUGUGUCACAUUUACCUAACGUAAGACGUACAACAACAUAUAACAAGUGUUCUAUUGCAGCAAUAUUUCCUUUGAUACUCGUGGACAUUUGAAAAUAACAGUGUUACUCAUUCCAACUUGACACAUUUUAUGAUUAUUGCCUUUAUAUUAUUGUUAUAUUUCAUUGAAACUUUUUCUUUUUCAACUUUGUUACGAACAGUUAAAGAUUGUACACGACAGUCAAUUGUCGUAAAUAAGUGGACACGUUUGUGAAUAUGCCAAACAUUUACAAAAUAUGCUUGGUUUUAUCGGUUGUGAAAUGUAUUACUUUUAACAUACUAAUGUAUUCAUUCACAUUUAUAAAAAAAUAAACAUUUGCUUCAAUGUAAACUGAUUUGUUAGAAAGUGGUAAAUUAGUGUAAGGUGGAUUCGUUUCCAGUGAGGGUAAGAGUCAUAUAGUAAACAAUAUACCGAGCCCUUAAUUAGCCU